CAUCUUCAGUCGUGACCCCUCAGUUCACAGUAGGACACUUUGUAGCGCACAUCGUCCGGUAACUAACGUGUCCACACACGAUAGCGUCCAAUACGAUACUGUCGUGAAUGAGAUAUCGUUUCGCGGAAUAACGGCCGUUGAGGAACACAUGGAGAAAUCGAAAAACGAGCAAUCGAGAAGAAUAAUCAGUCGGCCGCUUCACAUGUUGCUUUGCCUGUUCGGGAUUUGGCCAGGCAUAUCGCACAGCCUGCUUUGCAAAAUGUUCUGGCUGAUUGUAAUGAUAACCUACACGAGUCUUCAAUUCAUGUUUCUUAUCAUUAACGCGCGAUCCCUCGACUUUACCUUUUUUAUAUAUGCGUUCGCCCUGACAUUGGCGCUGACCAUGAAAUUCAUCAAAAUGCUCCUCUUCUGGUACAAUCAGCGAAAAUUCAAUGAGAUGUGGGACACGAUGUCGAUGAAUUGGGAGCUUAGUGCUGCCUAUACAAGCGCAGUUAACACGACCACCAAAAGGCACGUAUCGCAUUUUAUGCCCAAUUUUGUCGUGGCAUUUAAUUCGAUAUCAGUGAUAAUGACCUCCGCCGGCACUCUAUCGACCGCAUUACAUUACGACGAAGCUUCCAAUGCGACGCGUCCGUACAUCCUGUUGAUGCAUCUUCCAUUCGACGUUAAUAGACAUUCCGUGUAUUUACUCGUGAUAUUCUUGCAAUUUUCCUACUUGUUCAUCCUUUCUGCCGGGGCCGCCACUCUCAAUUCGGUUCUUAUCAUUUUGAUGCUGUACUUGGGAGAUCAGAUCGAUAUCAUUUGUAGAUGCUUGACGCAGAUGCCACAGAUUCCGCUGGGAGCAAAUGUGCAGCAGAAAGACACGAUUGUGGUGAGGGAAAUAAUCCGCAAACAUCAGAGUGUCAUCAUCUUUUCGCAAAAUAUCGAAGCCCUCUACACGUACAUCGCUUUGAUAUUAGUCGUGCUUAAUACCUUAAUUACCUGCGGCUUGGGUUUCGUACUUGUCACAUCAGUUGGAUCACCCAACUUCUCCAAAAUGGUGAAGAAGAAUCUCAUGUUCUAUUGCGUGAUCAACAUUGAGACAUUUGUAUUUUGCUACGCUGGAGAAUUCCUUAGUGCCAAGUGGAAAGAAAUUGGCGAGGCAGCGUACAAUUCGCCCUGGUAUCAAUCCAAAUUCCAUGGUCGUGCCAUUUUAUUCAUGAUGAUGAGAUCGCAGACUCAGUUGACCAUCACAAUGGGAAAGUUCAUGGAUCUCUCGUUGGAGCGAUUCUCCAGUAUUGUAAAAGCUUCGGCGUCCUACGUGUCGGUAUUGUUGGCGAUGUAUUAA